AUGAAAGGCUCACCGGAAAGGAUUCUUGCCGCCAUCGACCAAUAUGGCCGAGAGAAAGACUUCCUUAUGAAUGUCGGCGAGCAUAAAGGGGAGCUUGUGAGAAGGGAAAUUGCAGAGAAUAAGCCGAAUGUUUUGAUGGAAUUGGGCGGAUACGUUGGAUAUUCGGCGAUUUUGUUUGGUAAUUCUCUCAAGAUUGCAGGAGGAAAAAAGUAUAUCAGUUUGGAAAAAAGUCCGGUAUUUGCUUCCGUGUCCCCCUCCUUGGUCAAGCUGGCUGGUUUGGACGAUAUUGUGGAAAUCAAGAUCGGUCCCUGUCGGGAUUCGUUGAGAGCCCUCGAGAAGAAAUACAGUGACCGCGGCUUGGAUAUGAUAUUCUUUGACCACGCGAAGACCGAAUACGUCAACGACCUCAAACUGUGCGAGGAACUAUGA